AUGGGAACCCUGCAUCCGAAUUCAAUAGUAGCCCAUCAAGGAGGAGAGGAAGAAGAAGUGGCUUUUUCUUCAUCAAAAGCAACCCAUCAGCAGGGACUAAAGAACCCCCAACUUGAUGCCGGAGCUCUCUUCGUUCUCAAGUCUAAAGGAUCAUGGAUGCACUGUGGAUACCAUUUGACGAGUUCGAUAGUAGCUCCGGCACUGCUGAGCUUACCUUAUGCCUUCGUAUCGUUGGGAUGGAUAGGUGGAAUGGUGUUUCUUUGCGUGGGUGCUGCGGUCACUUUUCACUCUUACAACCUCCUCUCUUUGGUUCUUGAACACCAUGCCCACUUGGGUCGCCGACAACUACGCUUCAAAGACAUGGCCAAUGACAUCUUAGGGCCAGGAUGGGGUAGAUAUUUUGUGGGACCCAUUCAAUUUGCGGUCUGCUAUGGUUCCGUUGUUGGUUGUUCUCUUCUUGCGGGUCAGUGCAUGAAGACAAUAUACUUGCUAUCAACACCAGAUGGGACCAUGAAGCUUUACGAAUUCAUAAUCAUAUUUGGAUGUUUUAUGCUUGUCUUAGCUCAAAUCCCAUCUUUCCACUCUCUGAGGCACAUAAAUUUUGUUUCCUUGGUUCUUUGUCUUGCUUACAGUGUUUGCACCACAACAGGUGCUAUCUACGUAGGAAGUACAUCUAAGGGACCUACCAAAGACUAUUCCAUUCUCGGCGAUAAAACAAGCCAGGUCUUCGGUUUCUUCAGUGGAAUCGCCAUCAUCGCGACCACAUAUGGGAAUGGAAUCAUUCCAGAGAUUCAGGCAACCUUAGCACCUCCGGUGAAAGGGAAGAUGUUCAAGGGACUACUAAUUUGCUACACAAUAGUUUUGAUUACUUUCUUUAGUGUUUCCAUCGCCGGCUAUUGGGCUUUCGGAAACCAAGCAAGUAGUAUAAUCUUCAACAACUUCUUUGACAGUACUACAGGCAAACCCUUAGUGCCCAAGUGGUUUCUUAUGAUGACCAAUAUCUUUACUCUUCUCCAACUUGGAGCUGUUGCUGUGGUAUACUUGCAACCCACAAAUGAAGUACUUGAGAGUGUAUUUGGAGACCCACACAGCGCUGAGUUCUCUAUUCGGAAUGUUGUGCCAAGGUUGAUUUCUAGAUCAUUAGCUGUUGUGACAGGAACCAUACUUGCAGCAAUGCUUCCCUUCUUUGGAGAUGUAAAUGCUUUGAUUGGAGCUUUUGGGUUCAUGCCUCUUGACUUCGUCUUGCCUGUGGUAUUCUUCAACAUAACAUUUAGGCCAUCAAAACGAAGCCCAAUUUUUUGGAUAAACACUGCAAUUGCUAUCGUAUUUUCUAUUUUAGGAGUGUUGGGUGCGAUUGCAGCAGUCAGACAAAUAGUUCUCGACGCCAAAUCUUAUAAAUUGUUUGCUAAUGUAUGAU